AUGAAAAUUCUACUUUUAUUAAAUUUAUUUACGAUUAUACUUUUCAAACAUUUUAAUUGCGAAAUAUUUUCUGCGAUUGAUGAACUUGAAUAUCUUGCUGAGUCAGAGAAAUACAUUUUGCAUGAAUUGGGAGUAAUAAGAGAUCGAUUAAAUGACAGUUACAUAACCGAAAAAUUUAUUGCGUGGCUUGAUGAAGUUAGGAAACGAGAUAAAGAAGAUGUGAUGACCUACAUCACGAAUCCAUUGAAUGCAUUUUUAAUGAUCAAACGAACCACGUCAGACACAAAACUCAUCACGAAAAAAUAUCCUGAAGAAUCGAAAGAUUUUCUAGAGAAUAUCAAAGAUCUUCAACCAACUGCUGAUGAUCUUUCCGGUGCAGUUGAAGGUUUAUUGCGACUUCAAUACAUUUAUAAGUUAAAAAGUGUUGACUUUGCUAAUGGCGUUAUUGAUGGCGUCAAAACAAGACCAGCAUUGUCACCUCAUGAUCUGUUUGUGAUUGGUGAUGAAGCUUACAAAUUGAAAGGAAAAGAUUACUUCGUGGAAGAAUAUUUAGUGUUAGCUUACGAUAAAGUUCUCAAAGGUCUUGAUCCUCUUAAAGAAGUUAAUGUCGAUGCAUUACUACUUCGAAUGAGCGAUGUGUACAAUAGAACUGGAGACUUCGAAUUCGCCAUUCAUACAAUUGAUGAAGUUAUUAAAAGAAAUCCAACUGUUGACAUUUUUCCUGUCGUAAGAAGGAAAAUGGUGGCAGAUCUUGAAAAGUAUGGAAACUCAAUUCUUAUUCAACAAGAAGAUCCAUUCAAAGAAGAUUUUGUUAAAGAUAGAACGUGGACAAAUAAGAAAGAGGAAAUGAUUUUUAGUCAAACAUGUCGAGGAAAGAACACAAAAAGUCCAAAAGAAAUGGCUGAACUGAAAUGUCGUUACGUUUCAAACACUCCAUACGUGAAACUUUUUCGAUUCAAGCUCGAAGAAGCGAAUUCAGAUCCAUACAUUGUAUUGUUUCUUGAUGUUGUAACAGAUAAUGAAAUUUUUCAUUUAAUAGAGAAUUCAAAAUCGAAUUUUGCGCGUGCAACGACUUACGAUGCCUCUGGUCACAGGCGCACGUCAAAAACUCGUAUUGCAAAAUCUUCCUGGCAUUAUGAUCACCAAAAUGAAAUUGUUAAAAAAAUCUCUCAGAGAAUUGAACACAUGACUGGUCUUUCAAUGACAACGUCUGAAGGCUUGCAAAUACAAAAUUAUGGAAUUGGUGGACAUUAUGUUCCUCAUUGGGAUCAUCAAAUUCAAGAAGCAGUUCAAUAUGAUGAUGGUUUAGGGAAUCGCGUUGCAACUACUCUAAUUUAUUUCACUGAUGUUGAGAAAGGCGGUUACACAGUUUUUCCUUAUCUUAAAGUUCGAAUCCCUGCAGUCAAAGGUUCGGCUGCUUUCUGGUAUAAUUUAAAAGAAAAUGGCCAAGGUGAUUACAGAACAAGACAUGCUGGAUGUCCUGUGCUUAUUGGGUCAAAAUGGGUUGCAAACAAAUGGAUUCGUGAAGCUGUUCUUGUGUCGUUUUUAAGUCGAUCGAAUUGUGAAAUCUUUUCGGCAAUUGAUGAACUUGAAAAUCUUGCUGUGUCGGAAAAAACAAUUCUUGGUGAAAUUGCGAAUUUUACUAAAUCCUUAAACGACAGCAAAAUAAAUAAAAAAAUUGCUGCGUGGCAGAACGAGUACAAGUUAGUGGAGAAAGAUGUGUUGGCUUAUAUCACGAAUCCAUUGAAUGCGUUUUUAAUGGUCAAACGAACCACGUCAGAUGUUGAACUCAUUACGAAACAUUAUAAAAAAUCUUCAACAAAUGUUUUAGAGAAGAUCAAAGAUCUUCAACCAACUGCUGACGAUCUUUCCGGUGCAGUUGAAGGUUUAAUGCGACUUCAAUACAUUUAUAAAUUAAAAAGUGAAGACUUUGCCAAUGGAAUUAUUGACGGUAUCAAAACAAGAUCGCCACUCGCACCUCAUGAUCUGUAUGUGAUUGGUGAUGAAGCUGCGAAAAUCGAAGGAUCGUCUUAUUUUGCAAAGGAAUAUCUUGAAUUGACGUUUAAGCGAGUUAAGGCUGGUCUUGAUCCUCUCAAAGAAGUUAAUGUCGAACAUUUACUUUUGCGCUUGUAUGACGUUUAUAGUGGAACCGGAGACUUUGAAAAAGGACAUUCAUUCUUGGACGAAUUACUUGCUCGAAGUCCUGGCGUUGCGACUGAAAAGAACAUUGAAGUAGCCGUUCAUAGAAGUGAAAACAGAGCAAGACAAUCACUUUUGACGACUGAACUCGAUCCAUUUUCUGAUUACUACAAUCGAAGUAGUAAGUGGACUUCAGAUAAAGAAAAAAUUGUUUACAGUCAAGUUUGUCGUGGUAAUCUAACAAAGACAAAUGCAGAAAUCGCACAGUUGAAGUGCAGAUAUGUCUCCAAAAGUGCAUUCUCUAAACUUGCACGGUUCAAAAUUGAAGAAGCAAAUCUUCAUCCAUACAUUGUCGUUUUUCAUGAUGUUCUAUCCGAUGAUGAAAUUGAGUUCUUAAAAGUAUCUGCGAAGCCAAAUGUACAUCGUGCAGGAACGUUGAGUACGACGCUUGAUGUAAAAAAGACAAGCAGUCGCGUUGCCAAACUUUCGUGGCUUCCUGAUGAGAAGGACGAAAUCAUCAACAGAAUUUCACAAAGAGUUGAAGACAUGACCGGUUUGACAAUGUCAACAUCUGAGAUGCUGCAAGUGCAGAAUUAUGGAAUUGGUGGUCAUUACGUUCCACAUUGGGAUCACACAGUAAAAGGUCAAAAGGCUUUCAGUACAAAUGGAAAUCGAAUUGCAACGACAUUGUUUUAUUUGACUGAUGUACCAAAAGGCGGUUACACGAUUUUUAUUUACCUCAAAGUUCGAGUGUCAGCAGUUAAGGGGUCGGCUGUUUUCUGGUAUAACAUAAGAGACGAUGGUCAAGGUGAUUACAGGACAAGACAUGCUGCAUGUCCUGUGCUUAUAGGGACGAAAUGGGUCGCAAACAAGUGGAUUAAGGAAUAUGGUCAAGAGUUCAGACGUCCAUGCCCACCUGGGGAAUUCAAAGAAGUAUUCGAACGCGAUAUUUACAUACCUUUCUUGGAUUAGAUGAAUUGAUGACUUCACUUUUCCUUCGUCUUUUUAAUAAUUUCCUGUAAGAUACUUUACAACAAAGGUUAAAGUUUGAAAAAUUUAAAAUAAAGUCACGUUCACUCUCAAACCGCUGCUGAUU